CUGCACCACCAGGGCCCCCGCAGCCUCUGCCAGGUCUGUGACGACAGGUUCCACAGCGCCAUGCACUAUGACGGCCAUGUCCGCUUCGACCUGCCCCCCCAAGGCUCCGUCCUGGCCCGGAACGUGUCCACACGCUCGUGUCCCCCCCGCACCAGCCCCGCAGUGGACUUGGAGGAGGAGGAAGAAGUCUGCGUGGAUGGCAAAGGGGAUCGGAGGGGCACGGGCCUGAAGCUGUCCAAGAAGAAGGCGAGGAGGAGACACACAGAUGACCCAAGCAAGGAAUGCUUCACCCUGAAGUUUGACCUGAGCGUGGCCGUGGAGACGGAGAUCGUGCCGGCCAUGAGGAAGAAGUCUCUGGGGGAGGUGCUGCAGCCAGUCUUCGAGAGAAAAGGCCUUUCGCUGGGCAAGACGGACAUCUACCUGGACCAGUCCAACACCCCACUGUCCCUCACCUUCGAGGCCUACAGAUUCGGGGGGCACUACCUGCGGGUCAAAGCCAAGCCAGGGGACGAGGGGAAAGUGGACCAGGGCGUGAAGGACGCCAAGUCCCUGAGCCUGCCAAUCCUGCGACCAGCCGGGGCAGGGCCCCCUGCCCCAGAGCGCAUGGACCCCCAGAGCCGCCGGGAGAGCCUGGACAUCCUGGCUCCGGGCCGCCGGCGCAAGAACAUGUCCGAGUUCCUGGGGGAGGCGAGCAUCCCUGGGCAGGAGCCCCCCGUGCCGUCCAGCUGCUCUCUGCCCAGUGACAGCUGGAAGAACCGGGCGGCCAGUCGCUUCAGCGGCUUCUUCAGCUCCAGCCCCAGCGCCGGCGCCUUCGGCCGGGAGGUGGACAAGCUGGAGCAGCUGGAAGGCAAGCUGCAUGCCUACGGGCUCUUCGGGCUGCCGCGACUGCCCCGGCGGCUACGCUUCGACCACGACUCGUGGGAGGAGGAGGAGGAUGAGGACGAGGAGGAGGACGAGGCCUGCCUGCGACUGGAGGACAGCUGGCGGGAGCUCAUUGACGGGCACGAGAAGCUGAGCCGGCGACAGAGCCACCAGCAGGAGGCCAUCUGGGAGCUCCUGCACACCGAAGCCUCCUACAUCAAGAAACUGCGGGUCAUCACCAACCUGUUCCUGUGCUGUCUUCUGAACCUGCAAGAGUCCGGGCUGCUGUGCGAGGUGGAGGCGGAGCGACUGUUCAGCAACAUCCCGGAGAUCGCGCGGCUGCACCGGCGGCUGUGGGCCAGCGUGAUGGCACCGGUGCUGGAGAAGGCGCGGCGCACGCGGGCCUUGAUGCAACCCUGCGACUUCCUCAAGGGCUUCAAAAUGUUCGGCUCGCUCUUCAAACCCUACACCCGGUAUUGCAUGGAGGAGGAAGGCUGCAUGGAGUACAUGCGGGGCCUGCUGCGCGACAACGACCUCUUCCGGGCCUACGUCACGUGGGCCGAGAAGCAUCAGCAGUGCCAGCGGCUGAAACUGAGCGACAUGCUGGCCAAGCCCCACCAGCGGCUCACCAAGUACCCGCUGCUGCUCAAGUCAGUGCUGAGGAAGACGGAUGAGCCGCGCACCAAGGAGGCUGUGGUCACCAUGAUCGACUCGGUGGAGCGCUUCAUCCACCACGUGAACGCGUGCAUGCGGCAGCGCCAGGAGCGCCAGCGGCUGGCGGCUGUGGGGAGCCGCAUCGACGCCUACGAGGUGGUGGAGGGCAGCAAUGACGAGGUGGACAAGCUCCUGAAGGAAUUCCUGCGUCUGGACCUGACGGCGCCCAUCCCUGGUGCCUCCCCGGAGGAGACACGUCAGCUGUUGCUGGAAGGAAGCCUGCGGAUGAAGGAGGGAAAGGACAGCAAGAUGGACGUGUACUGCUUCCUCUUCACGGACCUGCUCCUGGUGACCAAGGCAGUGAAGAAGGCCGAGAGGACCAAGGUCAUCCGGCCACCACUGCUGGUGGACAGGCUCGUGUGCCGGGAGCUCCGGGACCCCGGCUCCUUCCUCCUCAUCCACCUGAAUGAGUUCCACAGUGCCGUGGGGGCCUACACGUUCCAAGCCAGCAGCCAGGCUCUGUGCCGAGGCUGGGUGGAGGCCAUUUACAAUGCCCAGAACCAGCUGCAGCAGCUGCGCGCGCAGGAGCAGCCGGGGGGCCAGCCCAGCCUGCAAAGCCUGGAGGAGGAGGAGGAAGACGAGGAGGAGGAGGAAGAGGAGGACGGCGGAGAGAGCAGCGCCUCAGCUGCCAGUUCCCCCACCAUCCUGCGCAAAAGCACCCACAGCCUAGACUCCCAACACUGUGGCUCCGACGGCUCCACGGAGACCCUGGCCAUGGUAGUGGUGGAGCCUGGGGCGACCCCAUCGACUCCGGAAUUCGAGGGCGGCCCCUUCAGCUCCCAGUCCGACGAGACCUCCCUGGGGACCACCGCUUCGUCCAUCACGCCCACCAGCGAGCUGCUGCCGCUGGGGUCCACCGACGGGCGCUCCUGCUCCAUGGACUCGGCCUACGGCACCCUCUCCCCCUCUUCCCUGCAAGACUUUGGGGCCACAGCCCCCGGGGCGGAGCCAGCCUCCGUGCGCCCCGAGCUCCCCCAGGCCCCUUCCCCGCCCCCGUCGCCCCGCCGCUGCCGCCGCCGCCCCCCUGUCCAGUUGCCGCCGCCUUGCCCGCCCCACCUGCUCAAGUCCAAGUCCGAGGCCAGCCUGCUCCAGCUGCUGAGCGGGGCGGCCGCCCGCGGGGCACCCCCCGGCCCCAGCCGCAGCUUGUCGGAACUGUGCUUGGCGCCCACCGGCCCCGGCACCAGGACUCAGGGCUCCCCGGGAGCGGAGUCCGGCUGGCACGGCCAGGGGACACGGAGCCCCGACAGCGGCGCCCCGUUGGCGGAGCUAGAGGGUGGAGCCAGCUGCUCAGACGGACUCGGAGGGCUGCCGCGGGGGGCCCUUCCCCGGGCCCAGCCGGAGCCCCCCGCAGGGAUCUCUCCCCAGCACCGGAAGCUGACGCUGGCCCAACUCUACCGCAUCCGAACCACGCUGCUGCUCAACUCCACGCUCACUGCCUCGGAGGUCUGAGCCCGGGUCCCGAGCAGCCCCCCGGGGAGCCCCCGCUGCCACCUUCCGGCCGGAUCGCACUUUGCCAGCGGACGGACGCGGAGGAGGCUCGGCCGCUGACCCCGACCUCUCGGCCCAGCUGGCCGGCCCUGACCCCUCCGCGGGCCGCCAG